GUCUGUUUCUUGGCCGAAGAGUUUGGCCUGCAGGUGCCGGGUUCGAGAAGUACCUGGCCUUAUUUUGAAACGCGUUGGAUACUGCUGUGCUUCCAGGGCGAAAAUGGCAAUGCCUGAUCUCCAAGGCGUGUGGGAGACUGCUGUGAGGGAGGUAGCUCUGGAAGGCAGCAACGGGUGCACGCUGGAACGCCUCUGGAAGCUUGUACAACUGCACAGGCCAAGCCAGCAGGGUGGGUCUGGGUCUACACCGCAGCAACCGGGCGAGGAACAACCAGACGACGACGGCAGUGACCCACGAGAGUUCGUCAAGGCAUGGCUGUGGAGAUCUAUCGUGUCGCGGAGGGGUAGGGAGCUUUUUCUUGCCACGUACAACGACCAAGGGGAAUCCAACAACCUCAAGCGCGGCGAUCCCGAGGACUCUCGAUUAGCGGCGAUCAAGGACAUUCCCACCCUUGAACAGGAGCAGAGAAGCGUGGGCGUCGUGGCGUCGAGGCCGGUGCGGCUGCGAGCCCUGGGUCUAGACACAGCGACCCUGAAGAGCGUCACCCUUGUUAGUCCUGCCUACCUUCAAGUGCUCGAGGCGUCGACGGGACUUAUUUUCAAGAGCGUCGUGCAGAAGCCGGCUACCGGUAACGAGGAGGACGGCGAGCAGAAGGACGGAAUGUUCCGUUUCGUAGUUUUGUACCUCAAGCGCUUCAAGGACUCAAUCCUCGUUCCCCCAGGGACCAAGCUAGAGCCCACGGCGAAGGAGGUUUUCCUAGAGAUGCUCGUGGAGCACUUGCUGGAGGCGGGGGGCUCGGGGGGCAUCGUGCCGUGGUACAACAUCCGGAAGGACCUCUUCCUCGACAAGAAUGCCUCUGGAAGGUUGAGGAACUUCCUCAAGAAGGAGAACAAGAUUCCCAACUUCCCCAUCAGGAUCCAGCUGCUGGAUAUCCGCGCCAUGGACUACGUUAACAGCAGGAAGGGCCGGCGCCUCGAGUGGUGUGUGUCUCUCAAGCAUUCGAGCGAACUUGAGCCUCCCGCGUUGAAGCGUCCCUACGGCAUCAGCCUCGCCCGCUCCAUCAUGGGCAUAGUCAAGAGCAGGGGCGAGGACGGUGCCAAUGUCGAGGCAAUGCAGCAGCAGCUGCACUGCUCCAAGCGACCCGCCGUGAAGAUCGUGGACUUGUUGGUGAAGAAUCCGAGCGCUUACGGGAUCUGGAAGGGCUACACGAGGGAGGGGCGAAACGCCAAGGUCCAGGCCCUGUUCUACGACGAAGAGCUCCUGGGACGCGGCAACACCAAGCGCCCCGCCGCCACUAUCACCACCUCAGCACCCGCCAUCAAGACAGACAUCCCAACCCCUUCCAAGGCGUCCCCGACCCAAGGCGCGGCAACUCCUGUGACGGCGACGACGGUGACAUCGCAAGCGACUCCCGCGGGCGGCGGCGGCGGCGGCGGCGGCGGCAGUGGCGGCAGCGGCAUUGGCGGCAGUGGUAGUGCAGAUGGUGCUGGGGCUGGAGGCGGGGCCGCUGGCGGAGCAGCCGGAGCCGGGCUGGGUGACGUGAACUGGAGCGACGAUGACGAGCUCGACGCCAUGGUGGACGACAUCGGUCGGGAGGUGGACGAGGCGGCCGCUGCGGCUGCGGCGAAGUCCCUGGACAAGAUCGUCGUCGAUCGGUUGAAGUUCGAGAUGAACCCCAUGUACCCGCCGGAAGGGUGUUCGAUGGCCGAGAGACUGGCCUGGCUCCAGAUGACCCCGAAGGACAGGCGGAAGUCCUUCGUGCUGCACGAACUGGGGCUCUGCAAGUCGAUCCCCGUGCUGAAGGUGAUCCAACUGAUCAAGCUGCUUGAAGGGCCAGGACCUAUGCUGCAGAAGGCCACUCUCGACACGGUAGUCGCCGAGCUGGUGCAGGAGGGAAGGAUCAAAACGGCGAUUGCUCCACAACCCAAGCGUUGGGCAUGGCGCGGACGGAUGAAGACCUUCGGGCACGGGGAGAUGAUCCUGCUCCCCGACGCCAAGACGGACCCAGAGUCGCUGGCGGAAUACGCCGAGAACUUCUACGCCGUCGAGGCGGCCGGGGAGCGCUACGGCGCGCAGUACUCGUGGGACGGCGUCAAGUCUCCAGAGCGCUUCCUCAUACACAAGAGGAAGAUGCAGCGCACCAUGAUCCUUCACCGAGAGCUGCUGCGAUGUUUGACCAGGCUGCCCGGCCAAAGGGUAGGAUCUCGCGCGCUCGACCUAGACCGGGUGAUACUCGACAUGCAGCUGAGCACCUUCAUUACCAUGUUUGGCUGCCCCCCGAACUACCUGCACUCGAAAGAGAUGUACAAGGUUCUCAAGAAAGCCGAGGCCAAGAAGGCGACCAUUCGGCAGGCCCCACGGGCUAUCUGGGAAAUCAUGCGCACCGUCCCGUGGUACAAGGAAGCGUUAAUGAGCACCCUGCAGAUCCUCCACGACAUGCGUAUUCUCACCAAGAUGGACUCCCCGGCAGCCCCGUCCUCCUCCUCCUCCUCCUCCGCCAGCGGCGGCGUGACCACGACGACCGCGCCUUCGAGCGGAUCGGCCGACAACAACAGAAGCACCGAGGAGGGAGCGCCGCCCUCAAGCCUGCCCGGCGAAGACCCGUUCGCCUACCGCCACGCGACCGCGCAGGUGGUUCCGAUCUCCACCGACGAGACGACGGGGAAAGCGGUGGCGGUCAGCGGAGGGGGCGACGGUUCGGCGGCGAUAGACAAGUUCCACAAGGCGGUCGAGGCGGCGAGGGUGGCGCGGCAGGACGCCCUGCAGUACUCCCGCACGCCCGGGGCCCGCGACACCACCCGCGGCAUCAGCCGGGACAAGAAGGCGAGGUCCGCGGCGGCGGAGGCCCUCCUGCGCGAGAACUCUCCGCCGAAGGAGUUCAGGAUGGGCCUCGGGUGGGCCGUGCUGCACGUGGACGUGGUGAUCUACACGGAGGACAAGAACAUGGCGCAACCGAGGAGGGUCCCCGGCCACAUGCAGUGGAGCAACUUUUGGAACACGUAUCAGGUGCCGUAUCUGACGAACCCCAAGGAGUGGGGGGUAGACGAUGACGAGCCGGAGGAGGAGGAAGAGGACAUGGCGCUCAUCUUGGCCGUGAAGAACUAUCUGCCAAAGCCCACGUACCCCAACACCAAGCCAUCCGGGCCAGGUCGCGACGGUUACUCCUCCUCGAUGCGGCAAGCGGUGCAGCCCGUGGCUGACAUGGUGGGGAAGUCGGCCGAGGCCUGCUGGAGGCGGUACAGGAACAUCGCCAACGAACAGGCCAAGUAUGCCGCGCAUGGCGAAGCUCUGCCCCUGCCGGCCAACAUGCGCACCCGCAACAAGAAGCGCCCACACGACAACGAAGACGACGGCGGCGAUGGCAACGAUGCCGACCAGGCCAAGUCGGGGUCUGGCAAGAAGGAGAACAAGAGAAAGGGGAGGAGGACCGGGUUGCUGGCCAUACAAGGGCCCCUGAUGAUGGCGAAGAAGGCGAGGGAAGAGGCCGCCCUUGCCAAGGCCGCGGGGUUCGAGUGGGUCAACGAGGAAAAUUCUUGGGAGGAAGACGGCUGUGCCGGCGGCGUUCUUCCCCGGCCCUUCGACAAGUGGGCCUGGACCACGGAGGAGCUGGAGGCCUUGGUCGCAGUCAGGCAGCUGCUGCUCGUGUCGGCGGCCCGUUUCAACCCGAAGGCUUACCGCUCCUUGAUGGCCUCGAGGCAGAUCGACAUCGCGCAGGCUGCCUGGGCGGCGAACGACUACUCGGUGCAGGACAGCGUGGACCACGAGGUGUACAAGAUGGUCGGCAGGCACGGCAAGGGCAUGGUGUCGAGGGGAAUCGUCGCCGCCGGACGCCUGCACGCCUUGGGGAUCGCCGGUGACAAUACAGAGCACGAAUGGUCGAGCCCUCUCCCUACCUUCGAGAGUAGGACGCCAAGCAACAAUAUUAUCGACAACCCCAUGUGGCUGCCGCUGAAGCUCUUGUGCAGGUUCGUAUCUUUAUCCUUGCCAGCUUCCCCCUACCUUGACGCCAAGAUUCAACCUCGCCUCCCUCCCGCCCGCAGCCCGCCUCGUCCAGAUGACUACACCGCUCCCCAGCCUCCUGCGGCGCGCCCGGCCUCUUUGGCGGUGAAGGACAUCGGAGGUAACCGCACGAUGGUAUCGAACCUGCUGGAGUCGGUGGUGUCGGGCAGAGCCAGCUUCGCGGUGGGAAUUCCCGCGUCGAGACCGACAACUUUAGAGCUCGGCGUCAGCAUCGACGGCAUGGGCAUGGGUGACGGGGUUCGAGACGUUGGCGGCGGUAGCGGUAGCGGUAGCGGUAGCGGCGGCGGCGGUGGUAGCGGCUCGGCUACCGACGCGGCUGCUGGCGCCGCAGUGCCUCCAGCAACUAGCCUGGGCAAGACGGCUAGCGACGCCGCCGCUCCGGCGGCAGGAACGCCUCCGCAAUCGUCAUCGGGCGCGGCGGUGGCGGCGGUGGCGGCAGCAGCAGCCGCGCCACCGCGCCCAGGUGCGGAAACGGCCGUGGUAGGGGGGCACCCGGCGAAACCGGGCGACGGGAACGAAGCGGCGCAAGGAACGGUGGUCGCCGGUCCCGCCGCUGGCGGCAACAAGAAGGACAGCGGCGCCUCGGGCCUGCAGGAAAGCGUUGCCACAGCUACCAGGUACAGGUCCGCCAGGUGCAUCGAUGCCGACAUCAUGGCCACCGUAGACGCGGAAGUCAGGCCGCGGGACGAUGGUGGCGUGAGCGCCGAGCCUUGGCCCGCUCACGCCAUGGAGGGCGGCAGUGGUCGUGAUGUGUUCCCGCCGGAGAUGGGGUGGGGGUCGACGGCGACGAGCGAAGGGGCCGCACCGGCUGAGGAUGACGGAGUUGCGACCAGCGCCGUGGUGGAAGCGCUGAAGAAGGCCGGGAAGGAAGGGAUGACGCUGUCGCAGCUCUGGGGUGCCGCACGCCGUGCAAAGACGGUAACGGUGAGGAGCACUGCCGCGACUACGGGGGAGAGCGAGAGGCAGCAGCAGUGGCGACGGCUGCGGGGAGUGAUCGGCUGCGUACUGCGGAGCAGCGGGGUUCUGUGCGUGUGCGGCGCGGGGGACGUGAGAUACGUGCACGAAGACAGUUGCGGUCUUUUGGCGAUUCCGCCCGGCCCUACGGCCGAAUCUGGAUCGUUCGGCACGUCCUCCGCCCCGGUCACAGCACCCGCUACCCCGAUGGAGGUCGAAGCCGAUUCCAUGGACGAAGAAGAGGCCUCAGACAGCGCGACAAGAAAGGGCUGGAAGGGCAAAGGGAAGGGGAAGAAGAGUUCGGAGCCGGCAGCGGCGGCCGCCGCACCAAGCAGCCCAGGGCUCGCCUUGAAGGACGGCGUGAAGCGCAAGGUUUUGUUUCCUUGGACGACGUUCGACGGGGAGGUAGACCUAAGGUUUCUCAAUCGGGUCCGGCAGGGUCUAGUGGCCUACGUCAGAUCUAACCCCGGUUGCCUGGCCGCAGGCAUCAGAGAGGCGGAGUUGUCGUUCUUGACCAUCGGAGAGACGAUGCUGCUGCUGAGGGACCUUGUCAGGAGGAAGGUCCUUCGCGACCACUUCGUGCCAGACACCACGGCGGUGGCGCUCGCCGGUGGCUGGGGGCUUUCACAACAACAGCAGAGCAGCGCGUGGGCGGCAGGAAGCGAACGCGCCUCGGAACAGCACGUGCGCAUGGCAGCGACGACCUCGUUCUCCACCGCCCUCGGCUGGCAGGGCAUGAUGGCGAGGAUCGAGGGAAUGGCGGAGACGACUGCGUGCCAACUAAUGCCGUGUCGCUGAGCCCCUCCCCCCCCAGCCGGCACGGUGUGAUAAUCAAGGGGAUUGCGGCAGCAACGAACGCAUGUUCAGCAUCACUGCUUGGCCUUGACUCUUUCUCUUGAACGUUUGGUGUUUGUUUGUUUGCCUCUUGGGAAAGUACUGUAGCACGGUAGGAUAGCGAUUCAACACGAUGGUGUGCCUCCAUCUCUCGCGGUACGUUCGGUCAGUACGCAGACUACGGGGAUCGGAAUUAUUUGUCUUUCUCGCUUGCUUUCGUUGCAAUACAUUGUGGUUGUACAGUAGUCUCGUGCUGCGCGCUCCAUCAUUGCCUUUGCGUUAGUGCCGCGUUGGGAGACGACCACAAGAGGUUGAAAGGUGAGCGUGAUUUGUUCUUUGCUGGUUGCCAGCUGGUGGUGGAGUGUACCCGCGAAUUUCCCGGAAAUUGCGGUUCGGCUCGAUCGAUGUUGUUGUGUUUGUAUUGAGUGUUCUUGUCUGCCGAAUUGAAAUGGCGGGCAUUGAAUUGUGUUUUUUUGUAAAGUGUGGCGUCCUGUGUGCGACUCUGAAGCUCGGCCGGCGGAGGGGAAGGGCCGAUAGCUGAUUGCACAAGAGGGCUGUGUGAGUGAAUUUCUCGUACAAGAUAGACUUGCGAAUCGCCGUUUGGGUGCCGCAUGUUCGUGCACAUUCGUGUGCAUGCGCCAGUUUCCGCACUCACCAAGUAAGUCUGGAAAGGUAAACCUUGUGAGGGUACCGGAAGCACUUGCCUUCAUUGUGGCAACAAUCGCUUGUCCCCGCCUCUCGAUUUUUUGUCACAAGGGGAAGGGUUUUAUUUCGCAUUUGAG